AUGCCUGGUUUUCAAAGCGUGGUAGCAGGGACGAAACGGAAAUCCGAUGGACCAGACUUGAGCGGAGCACCGGGGAAGAGGCCAGCGCUAGAUGACAACGCGGGUUCGACAGGCGCCGGGACGUGCUGGAUGGUACAAUGGAGGGUUCCUCAGCAGAAGAAGCAUAAGACAUGGGAUGGAGACGCUGUUCUGGUAGUAAACCGGGGUGGGGCUAACUUGGUUAAUCUGGAAGGCAAACUAAUAGCGAGCGGUAAGGUCAACGAAUCUGUGGAAGAAGGGAAAGAAUUCCAUCUGGGUGGCAAAGACCUCGAGAUAGAUCAUCCUAUCCCAUGGUCGGAAUAUCUUUCCGGUGCUUGCUUCGGUGCAGGCACAUCAUCAAGCACUGCACCGUCUACCUGCCAUAUGCUACCUAAACAGUCCAAACCUUUCAAGCCCGUCGCGUUGAAUCCGGAUCAUGUGAGGUCGACAUCCAGAACUGCAGGUAUUGCGGCCACCCCAAAGAAAGGCAUUCAAUUGGAGCCGGUGGACUUGAUGGCAGACAACCGCAUAUACGGGAGUCAGAAAGAUUCUUACUGGACAGCGAACUGGAGAAAGCAUCAGCAGAAAAAGCAUAAAACAUGGGAUGGAGAUGCAUUCGUCAUGCAGAAGGGUGACAAGCUGACCCUAGUAUCUGAAACCGGCAAAAUAUUGGGGAGUAAGAAGUGCACCGACUAUCCUCUAUACAGCGGCUACCACACGUUCGUCGGCUCCAGAGAAGUCGAGUUGGAUGCAGAAAUCCCCUUAUCGCAGAUGCCUACUAUUACAGGCCAAGUCGAGGAACCUGUCAUCGAUCCUGAGUAUGAUCCCGCGGCGUACUCUAGCCAAGCUACUACACCUCUCAAGAGUACAUCAAACGCCCUCAGCUCUCCCACUGCCCCGCUCAAUUCUGCCUCGACGAGCAAGAAGUACGUUGCACCCGCUAACUUCUACGCCAAGGUGCCUCAAAAACCAAAGAAAUAUGGUCCUUUGCAUGACCCCGAAAAUGAAGGCUCUGUAGUAAUGAAAGCUCCUACGCCGGAGCACAUAGCUAGAUUCAACAAAAAGAACUCCCCUGUAGUUCCUGUCGUGAUAGAUCCUAUCCUUUCCCGGCGUCUCCGCCCGCAUCAGAAAGAAGGUGUCAAGUUCAUGUAUGAAUGCGUUAUGGGUUUACGGAAGCACGAAGGUCAAGGCUGCAUCCUUGCGGAUGAGAUGGGUCUGGGCAAGACACUUCAGACAAUAGCUCUCGUGUGGACGCUUCUCAAGCAGAAUCCGUACGCUGGCGUAGGUCCUGUGGUGGGCAAAGUGCUCAUUGUAUGUCCAGUUUCCUUGGUAAACAACUGGAAAAUGGAGUUCCAUAAAUGGCUGGGGAAAGACCGCGUCGGGGUCUUCAUUGGCGACAAGGACAAGAACCAGAUCAAGCAGUUUAUCAACUCCAAGAUUCACCAAGUACUGGUCAUCGGCUAUGAGAAGUUGCGAUCAGUCAUCGAAGCCUUGGCGUAUUGCCACCCGCCCAUCGGCUUGAUCAUAUGCGACGAAGGCCAUAGACUGAAAUCCAGUGAGAACAAAACUUCAAAGAUGUUCCAAGCCCUGAAGACUCCCAGAAGAAUUAUACUCUCGGGAACGCCUGUGCAGAAUGAUCUCGGGGAGUUCCAUUCGAUGGCCGACUUCUGCAACCCUGGGCUCCUGGACGAUUAUAAAACCUUCCGACGGGUAUAUGAGCAACCCAUCCUCAAGAGCCGUGCACCCGACUGCACAUCGAAGGAGGCUGAACUGGGGCAGGCUCGUCAAGCACAGUUGACAACGAUCAGCAAAAGCUUUGUCCUGCGAAGAGAAGCCAGUAUCCUGGGCAACUAUCUGCCUCCCAAGUAUGAAUAUGUGGUGUUCGUGACGCCCACGUCUCUCCAGUUGUCGAUGUUCUCGAAGGUCCUGAACGUGGAUAAGCUUGAUAACCUCAUCGGCGGCUCGACAGCAGAGUCGCUCGCUCUCAUCAACAUUCUGACCAAGCUGAGCAACAGCCCCGUGCUCCUCAAAGCGGUUGCUGAUAAGGCGAAGAUGUCGCCCGGACAAGGGGGCAAGAUGAUCAAAGCGAGCUCUAUCCAAGAAGCUCUCAAGCUCUUACCAGAUAGGAUUGUACCAGAGGAUGUUUCUAUGAGUGGGAAACUGACAGCCCUGGCCAAUCUGCUUCAGGCAUUACGAGAGUCGACGUCUGAGAAAUGCAUUAUUGUAUCCCACUACACGUCGACAUUGAAUGUAGUCGAGGCCUUCUGCAAGAAGAAGCGUUAUACUUACCACCGCCUGGAUGGUCAAACACCGCCGACGAAACGACAAGAGUAUGUCAACGACUUCAAUAAGUCAUCACAGGCGACUCGGUUUUUAUUCCUGUUGAGCGCCAAGGCUGGUGGUGUGGGGCUGAAUCUCAUCGGCGCGUCAAGAUUGGUUCUGAUCGACUCAGACUGGAACCCAAGCCACGAUUUACAGGCUAUGGCUAGGAUUCAUAGAGAUGGACAGAAACAUCCGGUCUUCAUCUACCGCUUCUUGACAGCUGGUACCAUCGAUGAGAAGAUAUAUCAGCGUCAAGUGACAAAAUUAGGCCUGGCAGAUUCUCUGAUGGGAUCGAGCAAGGCUGAGUCGAAGUCAGAUUCCUUCUCCCAUAAAGAACUUCGUGAUAUAUUCAGAAUUCAUCCAAACACCGGGUGUCAAACGCAUGACAUUCUGGAAUGUCCUUGCGACCCGACGAAUGGUAGGAAGCCUGUGGAGCACUCCUCGCCUAGCAUCUGCCUCGAUGAAGAUGACGAAGAUAUGGGGGAUGUGACUUCGGGCUUCGUCGUUGCUUCACAGCUGAAGUCUGAGGAUAUCAACAAGAUGGACAAGGCCUAUCUCCAAAAGCAAAAAGCUGCUCUCGCAACCUUGGGCGAAUGGGCACACAUCAACUGUCUCCAGAAGUCUUCGAAGAUAAACAUACAUGAUCGCAUCCUUCGUGAUCUCGUUUACUCUCCGGAAGAUGAGGUGGAAGACGAGGAGCCUACGGAACCUAAAUCCCGACUGGAUGCACUACUGGAGGCUGCGGAUUUCGACAAUAUAGCUGCACUGGACGAACCGAAGAUGUCGCUCUCUCCCAGGGAUAUUCCUGGAGGGUCAAUAUCGUUCCUCUUUGAGAGAGGUUCGAAGGCUCCGGUAGAGGAAGGAGAGGAAGAUCAAUAG